AUGUCAAUGAUAACUUUGAUAUGUGGACGAAUUAUUCGGUUUCUACAUUCUAUACUCGGAUUCUUGAAGCGAGUUGUAUGCUUUUGGCGAAAACGGGAUAAUAAUAUUGGAGAGCUACCUUUUACUGUAAAUGUAAACCGUGGUCCGUCCGAAGUACGGUCCGAAGUUCCGAUUCUUCCACCCGUCGUCGCCGAUCAAUGGGAUUCGGGAUGGGAGCAGCGAGACCUUGUCGAUCAGAAAAUUGAAGCUUAUCGACUCGAGCAGGAGAAGAUACGCACAAAAUCGGUCGAUGCUGAUGAGGGGCCAAAUUUCUUCGACGAUAUGGCACCGGAUAUCAAGAAGGCCAGAAAGGUGGUGUUGAAACCGAAAAAUUCCGGAAGUCAGCAGAGUCGGAAUCUUUUUGCGUUCAACAGUGAUGAGGCAGUGCCACAAGUUCCGGUAGGUUAC